GCUAAGUGCUCAGGAUAGUGUCCUCAUCUAUAGCAUAUGAGUCAUGUGUGUUACUGCUAAAGUUGCUGAAUUGUUGUAUAUAUAUAUAAAUAAAGUAAAUAAUUACCUACCUAACUAUAUAUAUAUAUACUGACAUAAGAGCUUCAUCUUUAUAGCCUAAUGUUGCUUUAUUUUUAUUCGAACAAUUCCAUCAAUCAUGAAAAUAUCAUUGCAAGAACAAAUUACUAUUAGCAUAACACCUAUUUUUCAACAGUGCAGUAAAAUUUGUCCUAAUAGUUAUGGAAUUUGUUGAAUUCAAACGAGAAAAGAAACGAAGAAGACGGCGACAUAAUUUUGCUAAAAAACAUCGUGAUCAAAUAAAAAAUAAGGUUAAGUCUUUCAAACGUAAAAAGUCAGCAAUUGAAAUCAAUAGCAGUAAGUUUAUUAUGAAAAAAAAAAAUGCCAUUGCAAUGGAAGCAAAUUCUUUUUGGAAAAAUUAUGAAGCUGCACAUGAAUGGCAAAAGAGGCACAAUUUAACAUGGUGGAAGACUCAAUGUUUUGCUUUAGAACAUGAAAAUCAUUUACUUAAAGAAACCAUAACAAAAUUAAUAAAUAAUCAAGAGUCUCAAAAAAAUAUAAGCAAUAAACAUGCACAUAAUUCACAAAAUUAUUGUCAAAAUAUGAAUAUUAAUCUUGCUGAUAAUAAAGAUAAAAAAAAUGCUGAUGAUACUUUUGAAUUUCAACUAAAUGAAGAUGUGAUGAACUUCUUGGCUCAAAGCGUACGUCAUAAAAUUGAAUUAAAAACCAAAAAGAAUACAGUAGCUUUAAGUCAAGAUAAAGAUAGUUUUGUUAGAAAAACUGGUUCGAAUGCUGUUUUUAUGAUUCAUAGAAAUAACGAAGAUAUGAAAUUUUUAUAUGGUCAAGCUACAUCAAGAAUUUUGGCUAUGGAAACUGCUCUUCAAACUACAAUUGAAAAACAUAUAGAUAUAUCAAAACCUCGGUAUUGGCCUAAUAUACCCUUGAAAUUAUAGCACAAAAUUGGAUGUUCAUACCUCAUUAUUUUUGUAAUUUCAUAGAAUAAAUGU